GAAAAGAAAAGCAAAGACAUGGGUGUGGGUUCUGUACUGUGUCUUCAGUUUGUCCCCCCACAAACCCAUGACCCAAUUCUUUCUUUCUUUAUCUCUCUCAACCAUGUAUGUGAAUGUGUAUAUGUGGAAUUUUAAUAAGAGAGAGUGUUUACUUACUGUCCACAACCCACCAUCAACAUUGGCUUUUUGCCUUUUGUUUUGUGUGUUUUUCUUUCUCUUUGUAAUUGUCUAUGUCUGCUACUACUGCUCCCUCCUCUGCUCACUACUGCAAAUGGGGGAGUGGAAUCAUACUUUGAGUUUCUUGUUAUUAUUUGAUCUUCUUCCUAUUCCAUCAUUUUUUUGUUUCUCAUCUUUCUUUCUUUAUUUCUUGUACUCGUAUUUCACUUUUUUCAUGUUUAUCAAUUUUGUUUCUUGUCAACCUUUAGUUAGUGGCAAUAGCUUCAUCGCUCUAAAAAAGAAUGAAUUUCUUGCUACUUUUUGAUUUUCCGUCCAGUUUUCUUGUGUUUUAGCGCUUUGGGCUGUCUGCAAUUCACUGUUUAUUUUAUUUUGCUUCUAAUACCUAUCACUCUAUAUAUAAUUCCCUGUUUUCGGGUGGGAAGAAUACUGGGAAUUCAUGGAAUUUGAUCUCAACCAUGAUAUGAAGGAGGGGGAUAACAUUGUUAGUUAUCAUGGAGAUUAUGAUAAAGAUGGUGUUGCUGGUGGCGGUGGGUGCUCUUUGUCUUCAUCAUCUUCAUGUUGUUCUUCUAAUUCAGCGUCUUCUUCAAUCUAUUUGGAAUUGUGGCAUGCUUGUGCUGGCCCUCUCACUUCCCUACCCAAGAAAGGGAGUGUCGUUGUCUACUUCCCACAAGGUCACUUGGAGCAGGCCAAUUUCUCCCCAUCCCUUCCAUGCUCGGAGAAUCCAAGCUUUGGCCUCCAGCCUCAGAUCUUCUGCAGAGUUGUUAACGUGCAAUUACUUGCCAACAAGGAGAAUGAUGAGGUCUACACACAGUUGACCUUGUUCCCUCAGCCAGAGUCGGGGGACAUAGAUUUAGGAGGGAAAGGACAUGAAGAGGAAGUGGGAGUGGAGGAAGAAGGGGUUGGAGAUUUACCGUCGAAAUCGACUCCGCACAUGUUCUGCAAAACCUUAACAGCUUCAGACACUAGUACUCAUGGUGGUUUUUCUGUGCCUCGAAGAGCCGCAGAAGACUGUUUUCCGCCUUUAGAUUACAAACAGCAAAGACCCUCUCAGGAGCUUGUGGCCACAGAUUUGCACGGCGUGCAAUGGAGGUUUCGGCAUAUUUACAGAGGUCAGCCACGUCGUCAUCUACUUACUACUGGCUGGAGUAUUUUUGUAAGCCAGAAGAAUCUUGUCUCGGGAGAUGCAGUUCUAUUUCUGAGAGGAGAAAACGGAGAACUGAGGUUGGGAAUUAGACGAGCUGGUCGACCUAGAAACAGUAUUCCUAAUUCAAUUCUUGGAGACCAGAUUACAAACCUCAAUAUUCUUUCUCCAGUGGCUAAUGCAGUAUCCACCAGGAGCAUGUUUCAUGUUUUUCACAGCCCCAGGGCCAAUCCGGCAGAGUUUGUCAUACCAUACAAAAAGUAUUUAAAAAGUAUCAAUCACCCUGCAGCUGUUGGGAUGAGAUUCAAGAUGAGAUUUGAGAUGGAGGAUACAGCAGAGAGGAGGUGCAGUGGUUUAGUGACUGGAGUUAGUGAUUUGGACCCCUAUAGGUGGCGUGAUUCGAAAUGGAGAUGCUUAAAGGUCAUGUGGGAUGAUGAUCUUGUGGGCGAUCAUUUUGACCGAAUUUCUCCAUGGGAGAUUGAACCCACCUCGUCUGCUCCAGUGCUGAGCAUCCCGUCUGCUCCGAGGCUGAAGAAACUGCGGACAUUGGAGUCAACAUCGCCUGACCACCCUGUCUCAGGGCCAGGAGGUGUUGAGUUCUUGGGUUUCAAUGAGUCUGGGAGAUCCUCUAAGGUCUUGCAAGGUCAAGAAAAUUUAGGUCUUAGGUCACCUUUCUAUGUUGGUGACGGUAAAAACCAAGUAGUGGACUUCGCUAUGCCCAACUCUACUAACAGAAGCCUCGCAUCAAGUGGGUUUCAAGAGAUUGGUAUUAGUGAUCGUUUCCGCGCGCAACCGAGUACUUUCACAGGCUUUUCGGGAUCAUCAAGAUUCCAGGUCUUGCAAGGUCAAGAAAUUUUCCCUUCCCUUUCUGUUCAUGGAAGAACUGAUUUCAACCAAAUUGGUUCUGACAAGAGCAAUCCACAUUCUAUAAUGUUCAACUCUUACCAGAGACCAUACCCAAAUUUCUAUCCUUUAGCUUCUACGGAUGUUAGAGCAAUGCUCAUGCCGUACACAGAUAAAUUCAAAGAAAAUCCUGAUUUUAUGACAAAUUCUCAGAGAGAGCCUAUGCAAUCCAACUUGUCUUCCACUCAGCGAAGUUUCUCGGGUUUCUCUGCUAUGACUGGAGAUGAAAUCUGCAAUUCAAGUAACCCAAAUCUUGUGAAAGAACAGAGGCCAGUAAACAGUGUAUCUCCUCCACCUGUUACAGAGACAAAUCUAGGAAGUCAUAGUGACGAACUUCAAGACGGGACUAAAGUUUGUAAACUCUUUGGGUUCUCACUGACAGGAGAAGUUCCAACCUCAAACUCGCCAAAUUCUAGCAAGAGGAGCUGUACUAAGGUUCACAAACAAGGCAACCUGGUGGGAAGAGCUGUUGAUCUCUCAAGAUUGGAUAGCUACACGGACCUGCUAAGUGAACUAGAAAAGUUAUUUAACAUGGAAGGCCUUCUAAGUAAUCCCGAGAAAGGAUGGCAAAUUGUAUAUACAGAUAGCGAGAAUGAUAUGAUGGUUGUUGGGGAUGAUCCUUGGCAUGAGUUCUGUAGCAUCGUGUCCAAGAUUCAUAUCUAUACACAGGAGGAAGUAGAAAAGAUGACAAUCGGAAUGAUCAGUGAUGACACUCAAAGUUGCUUAGAAGAGGCACCUCCAGCAGUAUUGGAUGUUUCUAAGUCUUCUUCAGUGGGCCAGCUAGAUUCUUCGCCAACUAUAACUACGAAUUGAUGUCUGUAAACGAGUUUUAUAACAAGUCGAAACUUUGCCAAUUCUUGGGGUGGGUAUAUCGUGCUUUACAAUUUUACUUUGUCGAAGCAGCACCUAUCAGUGUUCACUUAAGGUAAACAAUUCAAAAUCUGUUGAUAUCAUGUUUAAGCUGGGUUGUUGUCACUGGUAUUUGUUUCAAAAAUAAAUAAUCGUCAUAUUAUACAUGGGUGGCUAUGGGGUGUGAAUCAUUUUGAUUCUUGGCGGAGCAUUUGAGCAAAUUCCCAUAAUGGGAAUUCUUACUGCGUACAAAUUUGUGCUUUCUUAUGGAGGGCGUUUGUACAUUCUAUCUGUCAUGUAAAGAACUUGAGAUCCACAACAGUUUAGAGUUUAAAUUACCG